CUCGAAGAUGGCGGCGCCGUUCACGCGUCUGGUCCUCGGUAUCUACCUUCAUCUCGUUACGUAGUGACGUGCAGUGUUUUGGUUGAGGAGAAGUUGCAGCUCCAUCCCCUUCCACUUGAACCAACUUUUACCCCUUUUACUGGGAAUUCUCACUUGGAAAACUUUAUAGAACUGAGGGGAGACUCCACACGUCAUUAUUUUGCUUAGGUGUUGUUUCAUCCAGCUCGAUGUUUCGGUAGAGGAUGAGUCGUGCUGGAAUAUGAAGCUCUCUGGGUGGAUGGUGUAGCGCUAACGCUUAGCUACGUUUACACCCGAUACGGAGUGUGUGUGUGUGUCUCUGCACUUACUGAUCCACAUCAUACUUCAUCAUCCUGCACUGCCUGUGGAAGUGUCGCUCCCCUCCGUCGCCUGUUGUCAUGGCGCCCAAGGACAUCAUGACCAAUUCACACGCCAAGUCCAUCCUGAAUGCCAUGAACGCCCUGAGGAAGAGCAACACUCUGUGUGACAUCACCCUGAGGGUGGAGAACACAGACUUUCCCGCACACCGCAUCGUGCUGGCUGCGUGUAGUGAUUACUUCUGUGCCAUGUUCACUAGUGAGCUGGCAGAGAAAGGGAAGUCCUUUGUGGAUAUUCAGGGUCUCACAGCCUCCACCAUGGAGAUCCUGUUGGACUUUGUUUACACAGAGACGGUGUUGGUUACUGUAGAGAAUGUGCAGGAGCUGCUUCCUGCUGCCUGCCUGCUCCAGCUUAAAGGUGUGAAGAGGGCUUGCUGUGAUUUUCUCAACAGUCAGCUAGACCCAUCCAACUGUCUGGGCAUCCGAGACUUUGCAGAGACACAUAACUGCGUGGACCUGAUGCAGGCAGCAGAUCUUUUCUCGCAGAAGCACUUUUCCGAGGUGGUGCAGCAUGAAGAGUUCAUGCUCCUCAGUCAGAGCGAAGUUGAAAAGCUCAUCAAAUGUGAUGAGAUUCAGGUGGACUCUGAGGAGCCAGUGUUUGAGGCAGUGUUAAAUUGGGUAAAGCACAACAGGAAGGAACGAGAGCCAUACCUGGCAGACAUGCUGGAAUAUGUGCGCAUGCCUCUGCUCACGCCACGCUACAUCACUGACGUCAUCGACUCUGAGCCUCUUAUUCGUUGUAGUCUAGCCUGCCGAGACCUUGUGGAUGAAGCCAAGAAGUUUCACCUGAGGCCCGAGUUACGCAGUGAGAUGCAGGGGCCUCGAACGCAACCCAGACUAGGUGCCAAAGAAGUGCUGUUGGUGAUCGGUGGGUUUGGCAGUCAGCAGUCACCCAUUGAUGUUGUGGAGAAAUAUGAUCCCAAAACCCAGGAGUGGAGUUUUCUACCUAACAUUGCACGGAAACGCCGCUAUGUUGCCACUGUUGCCCUCAAUGACCGUGUGUAUGUGAUUGGAGGCUAUGAUGGUCGGUCACGUCUCAGUUCAGUCGAGUGUUUGGACUACACGGCAGAUGAAGAUGGAGUUUGGUACACCGUCGCCACAAUGAACGUUCGACGAGGCCUGGCAGGAGCAACUACGCUAGGAGAUAUGAUUUACGUGGCUGGGGGUUUUGACGGCAGUCGGCGGCACACCAGCAUGGAGAGAUACGACCCGAACAUUGAUCAGUGGAGCAUGCUGGGGGAUAUGCAGACAGCCAGAGAAGGAGCUGGGCUUGUAGUGGCCAGUGGUCUCAUUUACUGCUUGGGUGGUUAUGAUGGUUUGAACAUCCUUAAUUCGGUGGAACGCUAUGACCCACACACCGGUCACUGGACUAGCGUCACUCCCAUGGCUAACAAACGUUCAGGGGCAGGGGUGGCUCUGCUAAAUGACCACAUUUACGUAGUUGGAGGAUUUGAUGGUACGGCUCACCUGUCCUCUGUAGAGGUAUACAAUAUCCGGACAGACUAUUGGACUACUGUGGCACCCAUGACCACUCCACGCUGCUAUGUUGGAGCCACCGUGCUUAGGGGACGACUGUACGCCAUUGCAGGAUAUGAUGGCAACUCCCUGCUCAGCAGUAUCGAGUGUUACGACCCUGUACUGGACAGCUGGGAGGUAGUGACCUCCAUGGCUACACAACGCUGUGAUGCAGGGGUUUGUGUGCUCAGAGAAAAAUGAAAACAUGGCUGCCAGACACUAAGCAGGCAAAGACUCACUGGAAUUGGUUUUUGGAGUAUUGAUUGGCAGCUAACACCUAUGGACUGGUCUACUAUGUUGCCAUGACUAUGUGCCACGUGUAUUAGCAUGGAAGAGGAAGCAACCUGGAAACACAGAUCACAUGAACACCCCUUUUAUUAUUAUGCUGUAGUUUUACCUUCAGACCUUAGUUGUGUUGCCAUGCUUGUGAUGGGCACACUGUGUUGUCUGCGAAAAUGUCUGCACUCUCCAUCCAUUACCCUGUGGUUUUGUGGUGUCUGAGGUUAUCUGUGAGGUUCAUGUGGAUGAAGUCUACGAAGUGCAAUAUUUUAAACUACUGAUGUGUUAAAGACUAAAAAUGCAGAAGAACACUAUAAUGUGUGCUUCAGCAGUUGCUGCUUUUAUACCUUAUUGCCCUUGUGGGCAAAUAUUUCAACACAUCACACCACAGGCCUCCUGGCUUUGCUACAUAGGAAUACAAGGUAUGAUUGAAAAUAUGGACAUGUUAGGAUUGUAAAGGAAGACAUCACUGCUUCUGACUGGAAAUGAACAAUGUACAAGGUUUCCAUGUUGGCACCAAUAUGUCUUCACUGUCCUUUCCUGCUUUCCUGGUCUCCCAGCCUGUAUGAAGAGAAGUAAGAACCCUGCUCAUUGCCUCACAUUUAAAGGUACAGUAAGUAGAAAUAAAUAAAUGUUAAGAAAAUAUUAUUAACACUACUAGAAGUCUGGAAUAGUUUCUUUCUUUUUUUUUUAAUGAAGGAAGUUUCAAACCUUUUCCACAGUUAUGUGACCAGCUUUGUUUCAUAGCUAAGAUGCUAGCAAUGAAUAAUAAAAAAUAUGUGGGGGAAAAGUUACUUGGUGUACCUUUAAAUCAUUGGGCUUGCCAUACAGUGAACACCACUAUCAUGUUUGUACUGUGUAUUAAGCCUUUUUUUUCAGUUUAAGUGCUUUUAAACGUGAAUCUGAAUGAAUGUAUGGAUUUACUUAAAUGUUUGUUAAACACAGAUUUCAAAUAUCUGUUAAUUAUUUGUAUUAUUAUGAACAAAAAUGCUCAUUUUUAUGAGUGACCAAUGACAUUUGCUGUUGUGUAAUGUUUUGCGAUAUGUAUGGUGCCAGGACUGACAUAAUUGUAAGUUGAAUAGUUUACCACCAAGUGUAAUAAAAUGUCUGUACAUCA